AUGAAGGCCACCCUCUACUAUACUUUCGCUUACCUCAGUUUCGCAACCCUCGCAUCAGCCGCAGUCAACGAAACUACAUCAACAUCCUCCUACUGUACUCCCAACAUAAUCUGUGACUCAAUCUCUUCCCGCGUCGGCUGGGUAUCCUCAUCCCCCCUCCGAAACUCGUUCAGCAUCCUUUUCAGCUGUCUAGCAACCUUCUUCGCCUGCGCCUGGUCCAUCCUUCAACUAAACCUCCCGGGCCUCCAAGAAACAACGGUGCAGAAAUUCAGACGCAAAGUGAAAUGGAUGUUCAUUACUAUCAUCUUCCCAGAGCUCCUAGCCGCCAUCGCACUCGUCGAAUUCGGUCUCGCCCGAAAAUCUCGAAAAGAGAUGCGAAUACUUCCGGGUGGUCACAAUUGGACUACGACACACGCCUUCUUUGCCAAUAUGGGUGGCUUUGUCUUGCGGACGCCUGAUCUGCAUGACUUUCCGCUGAACGCCGAGUCGCUGAGACUCGUCGUCACCGAAGGACCGGUGACCAUUCCUGAGACUAAGAAGGAGGAUAUCACGGAUCGAAGCAAGACGGAUAUAUUUGCGCGCUCCUUUGCUGUGUUACAGGGUCUCUGGACUGUUGUACAGUGUAUUGCGCGGUAUCGGGAGGAUCUUCCCAUCAUGGCGCUUGAAGUCAACGCGGCGCUGUUCACUAUCAUCAGUCUGUGGACGUAUAUAUUUGAGUGGUCGAAGCCGAAAGAUGUCUCUGUGCCAAUUGUUAUCGAAUCCAAAGAGAAGCUCGGUGCUGAGCAGGUCGAGAAGAUUGAGACUAUAUACAAGGACUGGUACAAGAAGGAUGUUGGGGAGACGCUUGACAUCCAGCGGAUCCCGUUUGGUCCUUUGAUGAUGGCUUUCUUGGGUGAGAAGCUCAAGAUGAAGUCGUGGGUGACGGGAUUAUGGUUUGUUUUGAGUCUUCUGGCUGGGUUUUAUAAUGGUGCGCAUAUGUGGGUGCAUGAGGAUUUAUUCAAUGCGGGUAUGUGGAUUGCUUGGAGGGUUUGCGCAUGGGGUGGAGUCGGAAUCCCAUUGAUUGCUAACUUCCUGAUAUGGUUUGAGAAAUGUCUUCCUAUCUCCCUUGUCAGUGUGACCUGGGUGGUUUUGGUGGUUUGUUAUAUGUUUAUUCGAAUUGGUCUGCUUGUUGUGGGGAUUGUUUCGUUCUACUCACUGCCUGUGGAAGCUUACUACAACGUUACUUGGACGACGUUUAUCCCUCAUUUCUAG